UUCGGCGCUCCCCAUCAAAACCGUUUUUUUAGUUUCCUCCCUCCCUCUCGCUUCUCUUUCUCAAGAUCUGGUUCCCUCUUCUCCUCCGGCGAUUCGAUCUCUCGUGGUGACGUCUCCCUCGACAAUGGCGACCAUGGUGAGCCUCAUCGGCCUCGUCAAUCGGAUACAGAGGGCCUGCACCGUCUUGGGGGACCACGGUGGCGAGGGAGGAUCCCUCUGGGAAGCCCUCCCCUCCGUCGCCGUCGUCGGAGGCCAGAGCUCGGGGAAAUCGUCGGUAUUGGAGAGCAUCGUCGGGAGGGACUUCUUGCCUCGAGGAUCUGGUAUUGUGACGAGGAGGCCGUUGGUGUUGCAGCUUCACAAGACGGGGGAUGGACAGGCAGAGUACGGCGAGUUCCUACAUGCUCCGAGAAAGAAGCUUACAGAUUUCGCUGCUAUUAGGAAGGAGAUUCAGGAUGAAACUGAUCGUAUUACUGGAAAAUCAAAACAAAUAUCUAAUAUUCCAAUCCACUUGAGCGUUUACUCUCCACAUGUUGUUAAUUUAACACUUAUAGAUCUUCCUGGGCUGACGAAGGUGGCUGUAGAGGGACAGCCUGACUCGAUUGUUGAAGACAUUGAAAAUAUGGUGCGAUCAUAUGUUGAAAAGCCCAAUUGCAUCAUACUGGCCAUUUCUCCUGCCAAUCAAGAUAUUGCUACUUCAGAUGCUAUAAAGAUUGCAAGAGAAGUUGAUCCUUCAGGUGAGAGAACUUUUGGAGUCUUAACAAAGCUUGAUCUGAUGGACCAGGGUACCAAUGCUCAGGAUGUACUUGAAGGAAGAGCAUACCGGUUACAGCAUCCCUGGGUUGGAAUUGUCAAUCGCUCGCAAGCUGAUAUAAACAAGAAUGUCGACAUGAUCGCUGCACGACGUAAAGAACAGGAGUAUUUCGCGACGAGCCCUGAUUAUGGACAUUUGGCACAUAAAAUGGGCUCAGAGUAUCUUGCAAAGCUUCUGUCAAAGCAUUUGGAGUCUGUAAUCAGAGCACGGAUACCAAGCAUCAUAGCUUUAAUUAAUAAGACAAUUGCUGAGCUUGAGGCCGAGUUGGAUCGGCUUGGCAGACCUAUUGGAUCUGAUUCUGGGGCACAACUUUACACAAUAUUAGAAAUGUGCCGCGCAUUUGACCGUGUCUUUAAAGAGCAUUUGGAUGGAGGGCGACCUGGUGGGGACCGGAUAUAUGGGGUUUUUGACAAUCAACUACCAGCAGCUUUGAAAAAGCUCCCAUUCGAUAGGCAUCUUUCUCUGCAAAAUGUUCGCAAAGUUAUUUCAGAGGCAGAUGGUUAUCAGCCGCACUUGAUUGCUCCCGAACAAGGAUACAGAAGGCUUAUAGAUAGCUCUCUAAGCUAUUUUAAGGGCCCAGCUGAUGCUUCCGUUGAUGCUGUGCACUUUAUCUUGAAAGAACUCGUUAGAAAGUCUAUUGCUGAAACAGAGGAACUAAAGCGUUUCCCAACCCUCCAAUCCGACAUAGCAGCUGCAGCAAAUGAAGCCUUGGAAAGAUUCCGUGACGAUAGCCGGAAAACAGUUCUGCGGCUUGUGGAAAUGGAGUCCAGCUACCUCACAGUGGAGUUCUUCAGAAAACUUCCUCAGGAACCUGAUAAAGGUUCAAAUUCCUCAGCCCCGACCAUAGACAGAUAUGGUGAAAAUCACCUUAGGAGGAUUGGAUCAAAUGUGUCAGCUUAUGUGGGCAUGGUAUGUGAUGCACUGAAAAAUUCUAUUCCGAAGGCCAUUGUCCAUGGUCAAGUCCGAGAAGCAAGGCGAUCAUUGCUUAACUUUUUUUAUGCCCAAGUAGGGAGUAGAGAGAAGAAGCAGCUCAGCGCAAUGUUGGAUGAGGACCCAGGUCUUAUGGAGAAGAGGGAGGCCAUAGCUAAGCGACUUGAGCUGUACAAGUCUGCGAGAGAUGAGAUUGAUUCAGUUGCAUGGAAAUGAUAGGCCAAACAAGAAAUGCAUGCGAAUGACAUGACAAUAAUGGAAGUAAGCACAGAUGCGAAUCCACUUACAUUUCCAUUCCUUCCCAUUCUUUGUGACUUCAAAAAGUAAAUGCAAUGGGAUAGACAUCAUGAGGAGCAUCAGAGCAUGCCAUUGUUUGUUUUUGUUCUUAUUUUUUGCUUGCUCACAUAGCCACUGCAUUGUGACUAACCUGCCACUUUUUGUUAUUUUUAUAUUUUUGUAAUCCAUCAAUUUAUAUUAUUACUUCUAAUAUCUCUCAUGUAAGAAUUCGUGCGGGUAUGUGUUUAGUCCCGCGUCGGUUAUUCACCGACAGGAUCUUGGGUACUUAUACAGGACUAAGAAAUUCAAAAAUUAUCUUCCGACCAGUCAUUUUGGGUGAAGUUUUAGGUUGUUAUACCUCAUUGUUCUACUCUCUAUGUUGCGAUAAAUCAUGAAACACUUGUAGCUAAGUUUCUUAAAUAAUGUGUAUUUUCAAGAUAUGCAGCAGACUGACGAUGAGUUAAAGUUUUGUACUCAUGUCAUUGGUUUA